UGUUACUGAAAGCCUGCCGACGACUGCUACCAUCUCUGGACUGCCGGGACUCGCAUCUCCCCUUCGGUUCGCCAUCGCCUCGCUCCAACAGCAGCGGUGCGGCGCAGCAGCAGAUUUGCCGUCGAUCAAGAGUCUGUGCUCUUGCGCACCAACGAACACCCACGCGACGCCGAUCCGUUAGCAUCGCCGGCCUCAUCCGGCUUCUAGACGCUCAUUUGCGCCCGUGAGUUGACAGCGGCUCACACGACGAUACCAUGGUGGCCACAAACCACCAACGAAAUGGAAGCGGCCACUCGCAGCACCAACUUCAGCAUCAGCGUCGCGGGCCCUCGCCCUCUCCUCAGCGCGCUGUCCGCCCUCGUUCGGCCAUGGACUCUGCCAGGCGUCGCUUCGUUGACGCCCUCGUCUCCUUUCUCCUCGUUGCAAGGCGCAUCGGCAUCGCUCUUGCCUCUCGUUUUGCAAACCGCCGUUUUGCCUUUUCCGUAGCUGCCGUCGCCAUCAUCUUCGCAAAGGCCGUCCAUAUCUACGCCCACCUCACUGCCCUCCCGCCGACCGACCUGAUACGCUAUGGGUUCUCCUUCUUCGCCCAGGACUCGGCCUUUCUCCUCGUCCUCCGCAUACUCUUCGACACGCAGCUUUUCGCCAACGUGCGCUGGAUGCGGAUCAUCGUCACCACGCUGGCGUCCCUCGUUGUUGUCGCCGUCCUCAUGCUCGCUGGCAUCAACAUCUCCUUCUUCGCCGUGGCAGGUUCGGAGCUGCACUGGCGCAACAUUGGUGUCGCCAAGGACGCCAAUUCGUGGACAAUGUUGCUCACGGGCCUCGUCUCCUGCUCCGUCGCCGUGGGCAUCAUCCUGUUCCUCGCGUGGCUCCUCCAGGACUUUUGCUACCUCGUCGCCGGCGUGGCCCUCGACAUUCUCAAGUGGCCGUUUGCCUUCGUGCUGAGCAAGAUACCGUUUCGGCUUUGGCGCGCGUCCGGCGACGCCAACUAUGAGCAUGUCCCGCAGUAUGACCUGGAGGGUGGCGCCGAGACCAAGUAUAGAGACGACGAGUCUUCGGGCCGCGAGCCUCCAACUUCCCCAACGCAGCCCACGCAUCCGACUGGGUGGUGGAUGGUGCUUCUCUGCAUUCUCGUCGGCCUCACCAUGCUGGUUCAGGUCAUCACCACGGCCGUUCGCCCAGACGAGACCUCGUUGUCUUUCAUGUCUUGGACGUUGCCCCUGCUGCCUUUCAUAGACUUUGCCCAUUCCUCACCGACCCUUGCCAGCUUGCUCCCCUUCCACGGCAGCAGCAUCAACUACAGCUGGGACAACCGCACCGCCCUCGUCCAGCCGGUCCCCUUCUCCUGGCUCCCCAAAGAUGGGACGCCCCUACCCGGCUUCACCGACUGGUACGGGAAUGAGCCGCACUAUAGCGCUUCUGAGGACCCUCUCAAGAUCUCCAACUUCGAGGACGACCUGCUGCCCGCCCUCAAGGGAAAACUCAAGGACGUCAAAAUUCGCAACGUAAUGCUCAUCAAGCUCGAGAGCACCCGCAAGGACGUAUUCCCCAUCAAGAAAGAUGGCAUUAUCUGGGAGAAGCUGGCCAAGUCGUUCAAGAACGGGUCAUUGCCCGACGAGGCUGCCGAGAGGCUCGCGACCCUGACCAAAAACGCCAACUUUCUCACCGGCGACUAUAGCGACGGCUUCGAGCACGCCGGCACGAAGCGGCGCGGCGGGCUCAAUGUCAACAGUGCCCAUACGACUAGCACCUACACCCUCAAGAGCCUGGUGGGCACGCUCUGCGGCAUCACGCCCCUCGUCGCUGACUUCAACAUCGAGCCCUUCAAUCACAUAUACCAGCCGUGCCUGCCGCACGUCUUCAAUGCCCUGAACAAGGUCAACAACGCCACAGGCGCAGGCCCCAAAUCCCGGGCCAAGGGCGACUACACGUCGUACCGGUGGCGGUCCUUGUACAUGCAGUCCGUUACUGACACCUACGACAAGCAGAACGCCGAGAUGCCCGUGCUGGGCUUUCUCAAGGAGAACUACGUCACCAAGGAGUACUUGCACACGGACGAUGCCAAGUUCGGCAAAGUCAACGUCUCCGACAUCAACUACUAUGGCAUGCCUGAGGUGGUCAUCAAGGAUUACAUCCGUGAUGCCUUUGCCACGGCCAAGAAGAACGACGAGCGUGUCUUCCUAACACACCUAACGAGUACGACACACCACCCGUUCGGCAUGCCCGCCGAAGAACCGUACGUCCACCUUACCGGCGACAAUAAGUAUGACGACUUGUCGCACUACGUCAACGCUAUCGGCUACGUGGAUCGCUGGCUGGGCCAGAUCCUAGCCAUCCUCGAUGAGGAGGGCGCGGCGGACGAGACGCUGCUCGUCCUCGUCGGCGAUCACGGCCUCUCUAUCGCCGAAAAUAACGGCAUCACGCCUUACUAUAAUUCUAAUAUUGGCAACUUUCACGUGCCUCUCGUCGUCUCCCACCCGAAGCUGCCGCAUAUCGACAUCAACGACGCUGUCGUGUCUCUUCAGAUCCUCCCGACGAUUCUCGACCUCCUGAUUGAGACGGGGUCGCUCUCCGAGGCUGAAGAGGGCGCUGUCCGCGACCUGGUCCGCAACUACGAGGGCCAGUCCCUCAUCCGACCGCUCCGCAAAAAGUCGGUCGCGACAGGCGAAGGCGACUGGCAGUUCACUAUCAUGAAUCCCGGCAGGGCCACCCUGUCGGUUCGCGACGCCCGGACUCCGAACCGGCGCAUCAUCGUACCCAUCGUCGAGGACACUGAGUGGCGCUUCACCGACUUGUCCAAGGACCCUCACGAGAAGGAGCCUGUCCUUUCCUUUGGCUUCAAGUCGUUCCUGCGUGCCGUGGAGAAGAAGCACGGUCUGGACGCGUCCAAAUGGGCCGAGGAUGCGGCCUUCAUGUCCCGAUGGUGGGUGGAUGAAAACGCGAAGCGUUACCGCUACGACCCCAAAUGAUACCUUACCUCAUAUAAUACUUGUCGUUUCUUUGCAUGGAGUUUGUCUUACACAAGGCGGCUGUUUUCAACAAGCAUAUUUCUGUUUGUUUCAUGUUAUUUCUUUACCCCCAGGCGAAGGUGUUGGGAUAUAUCUCGCCAUGUACUUAUAACGUUGGCUAGCCCAUGUGCUUGUCUUCGUAAAGGGGGGACGGGAGUCUCGGAGCCUGGCGCAUGGUGGUAACAUGACGUUACGAGAGUGAUCGGUGCAAGGAGCACGGCGUCCAAAUCAAUGUACAAGCACAAUAGAGC